GUCCGUUGUGGCUGACCCCGCCAUCUUUGCGUCUGUGGCCGCUUUUCUUCUUAGGUUUGGGUUCCGCAUUGCAACCGGUCUGUGUCGCGGUGUGAGUCGCUGGUGCCUGGACAGCCAGCGCGAGGGUGCCGCUCACCCAGAAUCCUGAAAUGGGGUUGGUGUCUUUUGAGGACGUGGCUGUGGACUUCACCUGGCAGGAGUGGCAGGAGCUGGAUGCUGCUCAGAGGACCCUCUACAGAGACGUGAUGCUGGAGAAUUACAGCAGCCUGGUGUCCUUGGGACACUGCGUGACUAAGCCUGAGUUGAUCUUCCGGUUGGAGCAUGGAUUUGGGCCUUGGACCAUAGGAGAGACCUCACUCUGGAGUCUCCCAGGUGUUCUUGAAGUGUAUGCUCCAGAUAAGAGUUGCCUAGAAAAUCUCAAGAGUCAUAUGUGGCCAGUAGGAAGCAACAGCAGGAAUCUGUCAAAUAGAGAGAUGCUUGAAGCAGAAAUGAAGGUUCAGCUGGAACUCCAUCAAGGUAUAAAUCCCUAUGAAGGUAAACCAUGUAUGAAAAUGAUUAACCUGCCAUCACAGCACAACAAGCAGCAUGAAUAUUAUUCAAGUAUGAAACCCUACGAAUGGAAGGAAUGUCAGAAAGCUUUCUAUUGUAAGUCAGCACUCACUGAACAUCAGAGAACUCGUACAAGAUUGAAGAUCUACCAGUGUACAGAAUGCAGGAAAGCUUUCCCCUCCAAAUCAGAACUCACUGUACAUCAUAGAAUUCAUACUGGUGAGAAGCCCCAUGAAUGUGAAGAAUGUGGUAAAGCUUUCUAUCGUAAGUCGACACUUACUGUACAUCAGAAAACUCAUAGAGGUGAGAAACCUUAUGAAUGCAAGGAAUGUUGGAAAGCUUUCUAUUAUAAAUCAACCCUCACUGAACAUCAGCGAAUUCAUACAGGUGAGAAGCCUUAUGUUUGUAAAGACUGUGGCAAAGCUUUCUUCUACAAGUCAAACUUAACUCGCCAUAAUAGAACCCAUACAGGUGAGAAGCCUUAUGAAUGUGAAGAAUGUAGGAAAGGUUUUUCCUCCAAGUCAGAGCUCACCUCACAUCAUAGAACUCAUACAGGUGAGAAGCCCUAUCAGUGUGAAGAAUGUGGUAAAGCUUUUUACUGCAAGUCAACCCUCCGUGUUCAUCAGAAAAUUCAUACAGGUGAAAAGCCUUAUGAGUGUAAAGAAUGUCAGAAAUCUUUCUAUUAUAAGUCAACCCUGACUGAACAUCAGAGAACUCACACAGGUGAGAAGCCCUAUGAAUGUAAAGACUGUGGCAAAGCUUUCUUCUACAAGUCACAGUUAACUCGCCAUCAUAGAAUUCAUACAGGUGAGAAACCUUAUGAAUGUGAAGAGUGCAGGAAAGCUUUCUCCUCCAAGUCAGAGCUCACUGCUCAUCAUAGAACUCAUACUGGAGAGAAGCCCUAUGAAUGUAAAGAAUGUGGCAAAUGUUUCUGUCGCAAGUCACACUUAACUCUACAUCAUAGAAUCCAUACAGGUGAAAAGCCCUAUGAAUGUAAAGAUUGCAGAAAAGCUUUUUUCUGCAAAUCAGGACUUGCCCGACAUCUGGGAACUCAUACACAUGACACUAAUACAAAGAAGAGAGAAAAGCAUUUUCCUGCAACUCACAGCUCAGCCAGCAUCAGAAAUGUCAUACAAAUGAGAAAUCCUGUAAAUAUAAAGAAUGAGGAAAAACUCUCUACUGUAAAUCAGUCCUCACUCCAUACCAUGGACUUCUUACAGUUGAGAAGUCCUGUAGAUGUACAUAAUGCAGGAAAACUUACCUUUGUAACUCAUUCCUCAUUCAAUAUGAACGAACUCAGAUGAGGCACACUAAUAGUUUUGAGAAAGCAAGAAAGAUUGCAGUCAGCCAGGAUCACUUGACAUCAGAGAAUGCAUGUAGAAUGAUGACAGCAAAGAACAUGUGAAAACUGCCACAAGGGAGACCUUUCUCAACAUCAGAAAAGCCAUAUUGGUUUGAGACAUUGUGUCUGGUAAGAACAUAGGGAAGCUCUACUGUAGGAAAGCUCUACUGUAAUUAUCUCAGUGUAAGCAUCUCAUGCAUGUGAAGAUGCUUAUGAAUUUAAAGGUCAAAAGUUUUGAAUGAUAAGUCAAAUCUCAGUUGACAUUAGUAUACAUGUCAUGAAGAAUCAGAAUGUUUAAAAAUCUUAACGUUAUAUACUGUAGACUACUGUAUAUGUACUAACCUUGGAAAACAACCAUUUAAGAGAUUUUGUUAAAGAACAUAGGAAAACUUUGAUAAGUCAGAUCACAUUCUGUGUCAGAACAGUUAUAUAAGUGAGAGGCUAUGUACAGAUAACAAAUUUGUCAUGUAUUGUGGUAUUUGUUUAUGUUCCAUGUUCAUUGAGACAUAGCUGUUCAAGACUAGAAAUAUCAUAGCUUCUCCAACUCUGAUAGGCCCAGAGUGUUGUAAUAGCAUGUAUAGAAAUGUGAUGUAGUUUAGAAGUGGGGUUGAGGUAUAUUGGAUGUGACUGUGACACUGUACCUGGUAGGAGGCACUGUCUUUUGUGGGACUGUUAAAGUGCUCUGUUUCCCUUUUCUCAUCUGGCAAGAGAAAAGAUGGUAGAUCUGAUAGUUAUUUUAAUCUAACAGUCACUGACAUAUGAGUCAAGAAAUUAACAAUUAUUUCCGGAUCCUCCUCAGAGAAGUGAUGGCUGUGAGUGGUGACAGUUCUAUCAAAUUACAAGCACAGGAGAGACCCAUAUAAAUGAGGUUUGUACCACACUUUGCAGAUAUGCAAAGGAAUAUAGACCUCUGCCUAAGAUAACAAACAAAGUGAGUGUUAGAGCCAGAAUCAAAUGUCCUAUCUCAGCACAGUGGCGGUUUGCACUAGUUCUGCACCAUUUUACUUGGGCCAUAUAUACACAGUCUGACGGAAAGUAACAGUACUGUUUGUGACUAAAGGGAGAAUAGUCUUCACUAUCAUUUACCAACCCUGGCAGAAGAGAAUCUAAACAGUGGUGUCCUGGGUGACUGUCCUCUGAGCCAAGCAAGUUCCAUCAUGGACAAUUCAGCUGUGCCUCCUUGCAAAAGCUUAUCCCAUCUGGGCUUGCUGAUGGUUUAUUGCUGUACCCUCACGCCAGUUGAGCCCAAAAUCUGGUGGAGGAAGUCGGGAUGAACACAGCACACACCAGUUAAGUUACAAGCAUCAGGACCCUUUUAUUCUUGCUUCUCCAUCUUAUAUACCCUUUCAGAAGGAGGAACAAACAGAAUUGUUUACCAGCCACCCAGGGUCAAGGAAUGGCCAGCAUACUCCAGGAAGCCACAGCUGCCAAACCACGAGAUGUAUCCAUCAGCAAAAUAUCCGUGGAACAGCCUGACCUCAGUGCACUCAGAACAGGGAGGUGGGAGCAGUCUUAGAGUGGUCAAAUCCAUUCUGAUCCCAACAUCUCCCUUUAUUUUUUAAGGGGCACCUGUCUAGGUUGACUUUGUAGCAUUAAUGUAUCUGUCAUAGGAAAGUGCUCUCCAUACUUCCUGUCUUAGGCACCCAUGCUAUCCUAGGAAGUUAUCCGUUUCUGGUUACCGAUUAUCAAUCAUCUGAAUCCACACUUGAGUGGAUUUAGUAUGUGCUAAGACAGCUAGUGGGGCCUGUCAGGUGACACAGCAUGAGUGGUAAAUUGUGUUUUAAGUUGGCAGAGGGCCCAGAAGAAUACUCCGAUUCCAAAACAUCCUAGGAUUGCUAUAGCAAGCGAUCCUGACCAUUUUUGAAACCAGCCUCCAACCUGGGCUACCCAACCCCACCAUCAAAUAUCCAAAAUUGGAAUAAUUCUAGUAUCGUUAAUGGCUUGUAUGGCAUGAAAAAGCUGCAUAGUAAAAUUUACAAAUGUCAUAUUCCAGGACCCUGAAACAUACUUAUUCAGCCUCCAAACUUCUUGAGAGGCAUUAACAACCUUUCCAGGAGUCACACACAUAGAUAUGUACAUCUGAGAGCAGGUCGACUGUUGUUGAGUUCAUAACAAAUUUACUUGUUCUUGUCCCAAUGCCAUUUGUUGAUUAAGCAUUGGCAGUCCAGAAUGUACAUGUCCAUUUAUCUGAUUUUGAAUGUCCAAAGCAUUAGAGACUUUUCACCACAUCAGCUUGCUGAGUCUGUUGAGAAAGGACAAUUCCUCAGUAGCGGCAGCAACAGCAGUAACAAUGGCAACAGUGAUUCCAAAACCUCUCUUUGUUCUGUACAAUUGUACAGGAAACUGGGAAGAUGCUUCCACCAGCAUCGGAAUGGCAGUAGGAAUUCUCACAAUUAACACAUUAUCUUCAUCACACCAGAAAUUGCUGAGGCUGCAACUCUGGACAUAACAGAACAAUUUUAAUAAAGCACCUCCUCCCUCCCCAGUAUCAAUUCCACACUGCAAAAAAGAAAGGAGCUAAUAAACAGGGAAAGGAAGAAAUGCUAAAAAUUUUUCCCAGAAGAAUAAUUGACUUCAGCAUGUCUAAAUUCUUCUGAGGAAAUCGGGCUUGUGCAUUUAAACAGGCAAUUUGUAUACACUUUUCUUGAUACUCUCCAUAGUAAGUAAUCACCUCCAGACAAAACGGCACGGCAUAGCUGCUGCCAAUCACUGGGUGUAAGAUUAGAUACCUGGUAAGAUUCUACCAAAGAUAAAGUAAAAGGAACCAAGGCACCGUAGCUGGAUACAGCUUCCUUCAACUGCCUUAUUUCCUUGAAGGUGAGGGCAAUAUGCUGUCUUAUUCUCUGACUAGGGUUAGCAGGAUCAUCUGUCUCUAUGACUGGGAAUGCAUGGGCACCUCCUCUACACUCCUUUACAUUCAGCCAUUUCCAGUCCUCAUCUUAAUAGGCCGGAGGUAGAGGUAGUGCAGACAACUGAGUGUCGACAGUGUACUCUUUGCCUUAGCUGUCUUUUGGUUUCACUUUACAUUGUUUAAAUUUCUUCAUUUAACUCCUUGAUUUCUCACUCUAAUUUCUCCUCCUCUGAGUCCUCUCCUGAUUCUGACAACUUGGUCUCUGUACCCCUUAACAUGUCUGAUUUCUCAUCAACAGUGCUUACAGGUUUCUUAGUUUCUUCCUCUUGAACCUCAUUAAAAAGUCUAGUAGCCUCAGCUAAUUGUUCUUGUACUUUAACCUCUGUGAGCAAGGCAUCUUUAACUAAUCUCCAUAAGGAAAAUGUAGCUAUAGGUAAGUUAUCUGGGCCCCUCUAAUGAAGGGCCCUUUGUAAAUCCUGUUUUACUUGUUCUCAGUCAGGGAUGUUCAAUCUCCCUCCAGUUAAAAACCAAGCACUGACUUCUGCAACUGUUUCAACAAAUAGGGCUGCGGUACUUCGCUUAAUUUCUGUUCUUUGCUGUUUUAAAACCUUAGUGAUCUCAGUGGCCAUCUGAGAUUUACUUGUAGCGUUCCCCAUGGUAUAUACCUUAAUUAUUCGUGGGCCCAAUUCACUCUGUUUGCUAGCUCAGGAGUAACUCUGUCCUUUAAGCCCCUCUUUCCAGAUCUUGGUGGAACCUCCACUUGCCGCACCUGCAGGGCAAGUGAGCCUGAAAUCUGGUGGGGGAAGUCGGGAUGAACACAGCAAAUACCAGUUAAGUUGCAAGCAUCAGGACCCUUUUAUUCUUUCUCGUCUUAUGCACCCUUUCAGGAGGAACAAACAAUUGUUUCCAAGCACCCAGGGUCAAGGAAUGGCCAGCAUGUCCCAGGAAGCCACAGCUGCCAAACCACGAGAUGUACCGAUAAGCAAAACAUCUGACCUCACUGUACUCAGAACAGGAGAGGUGGGGGCAAUUUAGAGGGGUCAGAGACAUUCUGGUCCCAACAGUUUAUACUCUCCUCUCCCCCUAGUAUCCAGCUGCUUCCUACUAACUGGCAAUCUACAGACUCUCUGGAGAAAAGAUUGAGAGAGAGAGAGAAAGUGUGUGUAUGUAUGUAUAUUUGUAUGUGUGUAUGGAUGCCCAGAAAGACUAGGGAAGGGGCCUUAUCCUCCAUCUAUGCUUUUUGGGAAAAAUGUAAUUCCUGUUGGGUAAGACUUUCCAGAUGUGACCCAUUGGGGAUGGAAGUAACCCUCACCACUUAUGCUUUCUCUGUAAUACUCGGAAGAUUAUAUGCUCAGGUUGAAUUGGGGCAAGAGGUACUGAUUUGUAAAGUUAACAUAUGCUAAAAUAUUACUACUUACCUUAAUAUAUUCCAAGAGUUUUAGUAAUCCACCCUGACUCAAUGGAAUGAUAAAAUAAGAGGGAGUCAGGUAACGGUUCUAGUAUCUCCAAGUGGUGUAUCAAAGAGUAUCUAGCAAAUAAAUUAAUGAGUUUUCAGUUCAGCAGCUGUCUGGACCUUGAGUGGGCAACUAAGCACAUGUAUUCAUCAAUAUUGCUACUGUGAUUGCACAGUGUCAUCCCUUUACAUGCCACCUUUCUCACUGACCUGGUGAUUCUGCUUCAUUAAAUGAUUAUGUGGAUGUGAGUGGUCCAGGAAUCAGAGCUUUGAGACAAGGAGUCUGGCUGAGGCUUAGGAAGAAGUCUUGAAAUCUCAGCACAUAGAAAAGCUCCCUUCAGAAGAGUUAGACCUAAGAAUAUGUUUGGGGGCAUGUUGUCUGCAUUAUCAGAGUGAUGUCAUCUUGACAAGAUUCAAGCCCCCCAGCUAUGAAGGUGCUUGAAUAUACAGAAGUGUGAGGUUUUCACUGACUUGGAGUUAGUUUCUAGUGUGGGCAGAUAAGAGGUAGCAUGUGUCCCUCAUAAACCCAGAAAAAAUUAGUGGCCAGUACUAUGUGAAUCUACAGUUCCCCAGCCUGGAUUUAGAAAUUUGCAUUUAUGAUCAGUUCCUAUGCUUUCUUUUAGAACCAAAGCCUAACAUAUAACCACACCUUUUCUACACACAGCUGAGUAUACAAGGUCCUGUAAAUAAUGCAAAUGGUAGAGGGUAUGAUAGCAGUGAUGUGGGGGAAUUUGGCCAGUAGACCUUGGCUGCCUGCCUCCCUCUCGUCUUACACAUUGGUUUCAAUCUACCAUUGGUGCUGGUUACAGAACCACUAUCUUUUAGCCACCACAAUUUAAGCUCUUAGACUCCAAAUUUAUUGACUAAAUAUAGUUCUUAUACAUAACUACCAGUAUAUUGGGAGAAUGAUAAUGGAUAGAUUAUCAUAAAUGAGCAUGUAUGUAUGACAUACUCAUUGUAGAAGUGAUUGAAGGUACUCAGUAAUACAAACAGGUUUUUGACUGUAUUCUCCAAAUAUCAGACUGCACAAACUCCUCCAGUUGCCACAUACUUUAAUUGCAGGGAUAUGGAUUUGCAACUAUGAAGGUACUCUUAGAAAGAAAUACUUUUCAGAUACAUAAGAUUGAUUUCUACAAUCUAGUUGAACAAUUUGCAAAUAAAAUGAAAGUGCUGUAGUAAACAUUGUCUGCCAGGGUAUAAUUGGGAUCAUGAAUAUGAACCUAUGGCCUUUCUACAUUCUAAGCAGUUUGUGACUGUUUUUCUCUGCACUUGUGGGGUUUUAACUCUGAGCCAUUAUUGCUGUAUUCUCUUGUGUUAUAAUCAUGCACAUGGACAUUAAUUUCUAUAUUGUUUCAUUGGUAAGAGAAUGUCAAUUAUAUUCGCAAGCUAAUUUUCCUAGAUGGAUGAUUUAUAUUUAAUUUUUAAUUCACUUAUUUUAACUCUUCUCAAGCAGGGUUUUUACAUAUUUUUUAAAGUUAAAAUACAGUAUUAUUUUCCCUCUCCCU